UUAAAUUAAAUUGGAUUGAUUGAUUGAUUGAUUCGAGUUGAUAAUUCCAGUCAAGCAAAGAGUAGCAGUGAUCAAUUUACCAUACCAUUUACCUUUACAUUGCAAGCUUUUUGGAUUUGUGUAUAUUAGUGGUUUAUUUUUAAUAUUAUAUUUAUGUUCAGGGCCCUCUGUGUUUAACGUGGUACUUUAGAGUACAGUGUUAUAUUAUAGUGAUUCGGGAUGGCUACUUUAGAAGACGAAAUCAGAGACCUAAAAGAGAAAAACAAUGAAUUGGUUCAAAAAGUGCAGUAUUGGAAGGUGGCUGCCGCUAAUAAAGAGGAUGAGAAGUUAGAGCUGAUGAAAGAGAUCAAUGAACUUAGACUGAAACUGAGUAGACUGCGAAGUGGUGGGGCAGCGCAAGCUCGUAAACUUGAUACGGCUCUACAAUCAACCAGCGAAGAAGCUCUUACCCACCUCGUAAAGGCUUCCAGUGCUGUUGCACGGACUAUAGAGCUUGCUAAGACCUACAUGCAAGAGAGGCAGGAACUGCAGACUGCCUCCCCUCGUUGGAGCGCCAUCGGAGGCACCCCGAGCUCUGACAGGGUCCAUCGAGUGCCUCCCAUGCUGAUUGGUGGUCAAUCUAUACAGCCUGUAGUGUCCUUGAGCAGGACUUUAAUGAAUACUAGUGUCAAUCCACACGCGCCUUCACGUACAAUUGUACUUUCAAGGAGCCCUCAACAAAAUCGGAAUGUGGCAGAGAGGGCUGUGCCUGUGCGCAUGUUACAAGAUGUUUAUAUACCACUCACAAGGAUAGAUUUGCCGGAAACUCACUCUAACAAUAUGGAGACUGACACUGAGAAUAAUGAAUUAGAUAAUAGUGAAGAUAACCUUAAUCUUGAAGACAGUGGAGAAAGAUCACUUGAGGAGUCACAGAAUAUGUCUGAUGGAGAUGAUUUCGAGUCUUCGAGACGAUUGGAGGCCGUGGCCGAAGAUUUGGAACCAGAGGACAUUGACGAAACGCCACCCAGAAGCAGAACCGAUAAUCCUUUAGAAGGCCCUAGUUGGCUACUGGAUCGGCCGACGAAUGCGAGGACGAGAGCGAGAACCGGCAAGAGUAAGAGCAACUUGGAGCCGGACUCCACGACUCAGCUCGAUGAGAACUCUGCGAACGCCGCUACAGCUCUUGCUGUAAAUGAUGACGAGCCGAGCGCGCCGCCGGCCGCGUUCUCGCCGACCGUCCGCCGCCGCCGGCGCGCCAGCUCGCCGCCGAGGAACAGCAAUAGUGGCCGAGUGUUAAAAGUGUUGGUCGCUAAGAUGAGGCUGGACAGUGGCAGCGACGGCGAUGACGUCACGCCGCCCAAGAGACCGACAUUGAGCGAAAACAAGCGAUUGUCACGCGACUCGUCACCCGGCAAGCGCCUGAUGGAGUUCGACGCACCCAGUCCCAAUGGCGCCACUGACGCCAGGGUCAUCGUGUUGGAGCGUACAAAGACACAAGAGCGUGGUUCAGGCGAGCCCACGAGCGUGACAGCCGGCCGGCGGGACAGCCGGCACGCGCGCCCGGACUGCGGCGACGGCCGGGACCCCAGUCUGGGGGACGGAAACCGCACUAGAGCUGACAAACGCUCGAGAACUGACCGAGUUUCCAAUAAUGAUAGCCUUAUAGUGGACAAUGAUAGCCUUACAGUGAACAAUGAUAGCCUUACAGUGAAUAAUGAUAGUGAUAGUGAAGUGAUGAUCAGUGUUUUACAUAGAGCCGGUACCAGCCGCGCUGAGCUCAGGAUAAGCGAGUACCUGGGUGACGGAGUGGAUGAAAUGAUGGUGGUUUCCCAUAGAGGGGGUCAGAGCCGCGCUGGGGGGUCGAGGAGUGAUGAUAGAAUAGGGAGUUUUACUGGCGACGUGAGCGAUAUGGGGAGAUUGGAAAAUGUUAGCCGCGACAGCGAUAGUAGCACGGAACAAGUCAGAGAGGGACGGACGAGGCGGCCGAGGAAGCAAGUCGUUUAUAAAGAGAAACCACUGAAUAGAAAAAUGCGGAGAUGAUCGUCAUAAUUCAUUUAAGUCAUUUUAAAAUACAUGUGUUAAAUUGUAUAAUUAUCCUCUCAUCACUCUGACCUGCGACGUUUUACCUAAAAGCGUCACAAAAUUUAUGCUAAAACACAGUAUGUACCUGCUACGCUAAGGCUGAUAUUUAUAUAUUUAUUUACAUAGCGUACUUGCUUUGUUCCAAAGCCCCGCCCAUUGUCCGAAAAAAGUGUAAAUAGGAAUAAAUUAUCAUUUUGAAACCUAUGUAUUUAGUAACCUUUUUUAACAAACUACAAUAUUAUUUUUGUCAAAGUUCAUUAAACUAUUAUUAUUCAAUCGGAGAUACAUGUCCGAAUAUUGAUAUUCAAUCAACUUCAAGGUGAAUCGUUAUAUUGGUUUUAGAAGGAAUAGAAGCUAGUUAGAAAUUUGAGAGUAUAAAAAAAUUAUGAACAGAAGCUACUCUAAUGUAGCAAAAGCAGACGUGUGCUGGAAUAAAGACUGGAAAUCGUGUGACUUAGCCCACCUUUAUUUUUAUUUUAGUGCAUUUAUUUAUUUUUUACAUUAUUAUAACAUUGUACUUCGUAUUCAGUCAAGUUUAUGUGAAUUAUUAAAAAUAAAUUGACAAAACAGUGGAUCUUUUCAAAAUCUUUGAUUAGUCUUAUCGCCACGUAUAUAGUCUAUAGUAUUUAUAUACUAGUAUAUAGCCCACGUAGCAUGGAACGAGCGACACCGUUUUUUAUCGCGCGUAAAACCCGCCAUUUCGCUUUUUAUUAUGACAUGAAACGGGACAGCGAUAGUUAUUCGCUUAUUAGAGACUGUAAAUUUAUAAGACUUAUUAAAGACUGUAAUUAAAUCCACUGUUUUGGAAGCAUCACAUGUAUUGUCACAAAAUACAUAUACAUUGUUGUUGGUCAGAGGUUUCAAACCUGUGAAAAAACAAAGACAACAAAAACAGCUAUGUGCAGAACAAUUACUGAGAAUUCAAUAGAACUCGUUUUACUAAAGUUAUUAUUUAAUAUGCAUUACUGGCCUGUUCUGAACCAUAUUUUCUUUGUUAAUUGUCUUCCAACCAUGAAAUAAAAUAGAGAAAUUAUUUUUAACGCAAAAAUAGCCUGAUGUUGAUGUUAAUGUUUUAUUUUAAUGUGUCAUUAUUAUUACAAUUCCAGUUAAUUUAGAUUCAUGGGUUUUUAGAUAGUAAUUUUAUUGUUAUCAAGGUGUUUUUUUAAUAAUAAUUGUAAAAUUUGGUCCCAUGGUCAGAUUUAGAAGCAGGUAGGCCUUGGGCUAACGCAGUAACCAUAUAAAUCGUUUGGACGCCAUGACCUUAUAUACUAUUUAAUCAGAUGCGCAUGAUAGGACAUAAAAUCGCCUUAUAACUUAUCAUAUAUUCAUGCUUUUUUCUUUCAAAUAAAUUCUGAAUAACAUAGCAGUUUGACGUAUUUUAUACCUAAUUGUAACCAGUUUAGCUAUAUAUUUUUAACUGUAUUAUUAAAAGGCAUUCAUUGCGCUUAGUUUACGUCUGUAAUACGGUUUUAUAUAAUAAAGACUUAACUGUUA